UCAUACAAACACAAAACACGACGAACAGCACAGAGAACACGCGUGGAACAUUUCACACUGGAAGUUUUAGCCGAGCUAAGCUCGCUCAGCACGUUCAGCCUGAGUGACUCGUAACUCCGUCUGUGGCGCUUCCACCUGCAGCGGCUCGCUCACCCACGCAGGCCGAACAUGGAGGCUUCGUUUGCAGGUAAACGGGCUCUGGUCACCGGAGCAGGAAAAGGGAUUGGUAGGGCCACAGCUCUGGCUCUGGCACGCUGCGGGGCAAAGGUCAUAGCGGUCACACGAACACAGGCCGAUCUCAACAGCCUGGUGGAGGAGUGCGCCUCCAUCACCCCGGUGUGUGUGGACCUCACAGACUGGGGGGCCACAGAGCUGGCCCUGCAGGAUGUCGGCCCUGUCGACCUGCUGGUCAAUAACGCUGCCUGCGCCAACCUACAGCCAUUUCUGGAAGUCACACCUGACAAGUUUGACCAGGCAUUCAGUGUGAAUGUGAAAGCUGUGGUGCAGGUUUCUCAGUUAGUGGCUCGUGGUAUGAAGGCCCGGGGAUCGGGAGGCUCCAUUGUUAAUGUGUCCAGCUAGGCAUCGCAGUGCGCCCUCAGAGACCACGCCGUCUACUGUGCUACCAAAGCGGCUCUGGACAUGCUGAGUAAGGUGAUGGCUUUAGAGCUGGGACCACAUCAGAUCCGUGUGAACACAGUGAACCCCACAGUGGUGAUGACUGACAUGGGUCGCUUGGGCUGGAGCGAUCCUGAAAAAGCCAAGAGCAUGAAGUCCCGGAUCCCCCUGGGCCGCUUUGCAGAGGUGGAGGAGGUUGUGAACAGCAUUUUAUUCCUGCUGAGUGAAAAGAGCAGCAUGGUUAAUGGAGUCACUCUGCCGGUGGAUGGAGGCUUCCUGGCCUGCUGACCCACAUCAGCCCCGGAUCAUCGUCCACCUGCUCAGAGGAAAAAUUCACUUGUAGAUUUCUUCUUCACUGUGAUUGUCUCUAAUAUAACUGCACUCAACCAGCGAGGGACCCGAAGAAUUAUUUGACCCAUUGAUGGAAUUUGUGCUAUUAAAAGAUAAAAACAUGCUGCUUCCUCAGUGUUCAAGCAUGCUGCUGCAUUAAACUCAGUAUUAAAAACAAAAAC